AUGGAGCCCUCCCCCUGGCACCAAGACACCAUGCUCUCCGCGCAAAUGUCCGGCCUCACCCUAGACGCGCCAAUGACGCCCAACCCCUCCAACCGCUUCAGAUACACCCGCUUCGAAUCCUACCUGGCCAUCAUCCGCGCCCACCUCGGCGAAGCCCACGAACUGCUCGAGUUCACCGACGUCCCCUCCGACGCCUUCGACCUCCUCUCGUCCCACGACGACCGCCCAAAGCUCGCCGUCAAGCUCUCCUACAACUACGUAUCCCGAACCCUCAGCGUGAAACUCCACGGUCCCGCGCAUCUCCUGAUCACAGGGCUCUUCAACGAGAUGGUGAACCGGCAGGCGGAGUUAACAUGGGGCAUCAACGACGUGCUCUGCUGCGCUUCGCCUCUAACGGUCCUUGGGAAUAAUGGGGCUUGGUACGCGAAGGAGCCGGAUACGUGCGGGCUUUUCUGGACGGGGCCGGCGAUGCAGCUGGCGCUGAGGAUUGUGGUUGUUGUUGGGGGCGUUCAGUGUGCGGGACGCUUGGCGGAGGAUGCGAGGGUUUGGCUGGAGACCAGCGGGUCGACGGUUGAGAUGGUGGUUACGGUGGAUGUUAGUCGGUGCCAGGAGGUUCUGCGGGUUGAUGUUUGGGAGCGGGCGCUGGGUGCGGGUGCGGUGGCGGUGCGGGCGCAGUAUGUUGAGAUUUUAAGGGGGGAUGGAGCUGGCGCGGAUCCUGAAGUGCGUGGGUGGAAGAGGAAUACAGGUCCCAAUGGGAGUGAGGUGCAGAUGAACGGGAAUUCGGAUCUGGUUUGGACGGACGGGCUUUUCCUUGAUCUGGCGAGGGUUACGGGGGCGCCGGUGGGUGAGCCAGAUCGGGGGGUUCAUUUGCAUAAAGGGGUCCUGCAGGAGUUUGGGGCGAGGUUCUGGCGGUUGCUGGGGGAGCCUUUGGGGGAUUGUGAGAUGAAUUAG